AUGCGUCUCUCAUAUAGUCGUGCUCGAAUAUUGCCACAUCAUUGGGACGAAGGAACCAGAUGCGAUGUGGGGCCAAGGCUACACCAUCUCUUUGACCAGGGAAAGUUCUUCUUCCUCCCGGAUGAUGACGCCUUGAAUCACUGCUCACACAAAGUCGGGACAGCUUUGCCGUUCCAGCCAGCUGAUCCUGAUGCCGCAGUCGAGUGA